GCGAGUCAAGAGCCGAAACUCCGGGAAGAGCUCGGUGGCAGCGCAGGAGCUCCCGUGCUGAUCGCCAGUCCUGACCACCCCGCAGCCCCUAACGAUGAACGUGCAGACUGUCCUCUCGGGUCACUGAACGGAACUGAGCUCCGGGACUAGUCGCGCGGGGGAAUGAUUGAAGUCAGAGGCUUCCCGGUGUUCCUGGCCGCUACCUGCCUGGUCGGUAUGGUGUUCAGUCAGACUACACUGGUUCCUGCGGUAACCAACGCCACAGCUCUCCCCACGGCCACACCCACCCCUGGUUUUCCCACAAUUCCUAGCAGCACCACUCCCAUGAUCCUCAGCACCACCUCUCCCAUGAUCCUCAGCACCACCGCCCCUGGCUGCUCCGCUCUCAACACCUCCACCUGUGAGGCCUGCGUCCCCGGCUCCUACUCCGACAAUGAGACUCUGCUGUGCUCGUGUUGUCCGGUGGGCGGGAUGUGCAUGUUCUCGGGGGCGUGUCUUCCCUGCCCACUCGGGGCCUAUCAGCCGCUAGCAGGACAGGAGCACUGCAUCCCCUGCAGCCCAGGAUUCUACAGCAAUUUGACGGGCAGUCCAGUGUGUCAGUCUUGUCCACUUGGCUUCUUCAAUAAUGCCUCAGGAUCUACCACCUGCAGCAGCUGUUCCCCAGGGUUCUAUGCCUCCAGGCAAAAUGCCUCAUCAUGCAGUCCCUGUGCUCAAGGAACCUACUGCAACUCCUCUAGCUGUGCCCAAUGCCACGUGUGUCCUGCUGGAACUGAAGCUCUCCAAACUGCAGCCAGGGACUGCACGCCCUGUCGCCCAGGCAUGCACAAGGAUCCUGUCCAGCUCCUGUGUCAGAUCUGCAGCAGUGGCUUCUAUCAAAUCCGUUGGGGUCAAGCGAGCUGUGACGUCUGCCCAGAAAACCACUACUGCCCGAGCCCAGAUGUGAGCCCCAUCCAGUGUCCAGCGGACGCCUUCUGCCCCGAGGGCAGCACAGCUCCUGGGUACUGCAUGGAGACGUUCUUCCGGAAGGUGGGCGAGACUUGCGAACUGGCCCCCGUCACCAUCGCACUGCUGGUCAUCGGAGGAGGAGUGGCUCUGCUGUUUAUCGUCCUGCUGGUGUUGCGGCGGAGACGCGAGGUGGACGGGGAGCUGUCUCUGUCACGUGCGCCGCUGCUCAGGAAGGAGCGCCCUGCUGGACGCUUCUACGGCCUGCCCUGCGACGCCGAGCCCGUCUACGCCGGCUGGUGACCCCUGAACCCCUCUAUGCCGGCUGGUGACCCCUGAACCUGUCUACGCCGACUGAACCCACAUCAUGACCUCUGCACCAGAGCUUUAUCUCCUCUACUCUACCAGUGACUGAUACAGAAACACACACACACACACACACACACUCACACACUCUCACACACACACCUGGGCCCUGUUACAUCACACAUCAUUUGUAUGAACAAAUGUCUCUGUCUGUUACACAAAACUGCAGGAGCAUUCCAUCUCCUUGACCUUGUCAAAUGUGUUUUAUCUCUGUCUGACGGCAGAUUGUCCUGAUAGCUGAUCGACAUUUGAGGAUUGCUUUGUAUGGAUGUCUGUGCUAGCGGUUGCUUUGUAUGGAUGUCUGUGCUAGCUGUUACUUGUCCCCUUUCUUAUUUUGUUUGAUUGUUGCAGUUUUGCACUGGGCUUUAACGCAAAGCCAUGCCGAUGCCUCACCAUGCUUGGGUACGCUCCAGGCAGAUCGUCUGUUUUGGGGCCUCAAAGUAUAUAUUUUUUUUUUUACUCUGUCUCCCUGGUACUGUGCCUUAUGUGUUUCACUAUUUUAUGUAUUUAAAGUGUUGCUUCCCAAAAAAUCCUUUCUAUUCAAGAAAUGUAACAUUAUUUGAAAGAGGUAUGUUUUAAAGAAAAUAUAGUCAUUCCAGAGAAGAUGCUGGAAUCAAAUAAAAUAAAAUUGCACUAUCAUGUG